AUGGCCGUGCUUGCUGAAGCUGCAGACAGCAGGGAGUGGCAAGACGUACUCCGGAUCUCGGAAGAUCUUCGGCAGGCUGUUUGCAGGAUUCACGCUAAACUUGCUUCAGAGAGGGAGCUGUUACUGGCUGAGCGUGCAGCUGCUGCAGCAGAGAAAGCAGCAGCUGCGGCCGAAAGGGAACAGGCAGAGCGUUUGGUUCGAAUGAUCUCUGCCGCUGCUGAUCGUUGCAACGCGUUGACAGGCGCCAAAGAAGCAACGCAACCAAGUGGUCGAGCCAUGCCUGGUCCAAGCACAGCAGCUCCCAAGGGAGUUGUGGUCAAGCAGCCACCGCAGCGACCUGCACAGUCUACACAGUCGCAUGCUGCGCCGACAAACGGAUCCUACCCUCUUGCUCCACCCAUGCCAAGCCGGAGUCCACCCCCGGCGUCCACACAGAGUCAGGCGGAGUCAACUGAAGUGCCAGGUGCUGUUCUUCGAGUGAAGGCGCCACCAAACCAAGGGAGACGUGCUGCAAGCUCGGUACCAGCAGUCGCCCCAGCGUCAAAAGAAGGAGAUUCUGCUGCUUGCUCCGUCAAAGUACAAUCACAGGAAUGGGGGCCGACUGGGUCAAGCUCGGGGCUCUUGGCGACACCACUAUGCAAAGAGAAUGACGCCGUGAGAGAGGAAACCUCUGAAGCUCCAGCGCAAGAUACGCCAAAGAGGAGCAAAUCUUCCAAAGAUGAGGCUCUUGAGGAAGCAGCUGCUGUGGCUUCUAACAACGAGUCAUGCAACGGGACUCGUGUCGAGCCAUUGCUGGAUGAUCUGGAGGAUGAGAUGGACGAGCACGAGUUGUGGGCUAUGAACGCCCCAAGCCCACCAAGCAAGGCACAUCCGACGGAAUCUCCGCAUUAUCGCGUUAUGCCACCGCCUAGAGCGGAUCCGCUGCCAACUGAUCCGUUUCCCGACAGUGAUGAACUGGAGACUGGGCGUUCACUUUCACCGGAGGAAGAUAGAGAAUAUGCAGAGGAAGCCUUUGAGAGCGAGGAGAGAGGUGCAGAAGACUCUGUGUCCAGAGUGCCCGUUAAGGCAAUGCCUGGCCGCGAUGGUCCCAGCUCCUCGGCGUGGCCUGUUGGAAAAGCUGCAGCAAGCAGGUACAAAGCACCACCAGCAGCGCUUUUUGGUUCUUCAGCCAGCAGCUCUGACAGAAGGGAGACUGGAAGCGAAGCACAACCAGCGGCAAGUAGUGUUGCCACUCCUGAGGCCUCAGCCGGUUUGACAACAUCCAGCGUGAAGGCUCCACCGCAUCGAAGCACGGGGUGA